UGAAUCCUUUUUGCACAAACUCAGAAGCAUCAUCCCAUAAAUAAAAGCUUGAUACAACUUGGCGAUGUGUUAGACACCAUGACGAACUUCCGUUUGAUUUUACACUUGCGAAACCAAUUGACGUAAACGUUCAUUUUGGGGUGCCCACAAUUUUAUCUCGAAAUCGACAUACACUCAUCGCCCAACGGAUUUACUUAACAUUUUAACCUCGAAUGCCUUCGGGGAUGAGGAUGUUAGAUUAACGCAUAGAUCUUCACCGCAAUUCAUUUCCUGAUGAUAAGAAAAGCAGAUAGUAAGCAGUUCCCGUACUAUCCUUAAUAAACACGAUGCAUCAUAGAAGUAAACAAGUUAUUACGAAUCAGCCGAUACUGCUAGACGUCUUUUUAACGUAUAGCUUUGCUACACUUUGUCAUGAUGAGGAACACUAAACUCUUUUCUAACAAAGUAUGGAUCUGUUUGUUCUUGACCACUGUUUGGGCUUCGAUGGUUUGCAGCCAGCCAAAUGAAAAGCGUUCACCAGUAGGUAUAUCUUUAAAAAUGAAUCCCAUGUUCAAAAGCACAAAAAAGAAAAACAAAAUUCCUAAACAUUUGGAAGUUGAACGAACGAUUUCGGAGGCCGAUCCAAAACCUGUCACCACCACUGGAAGGCCAUCAACCGAUGAUUUGAUAGAUUACGACUUUGACACAGAUAAUAAUGAUAGCGAGGAUGACGGCCCUAAUCCAGCAAUGGUACGAAGCAUUUCCCCAUAUCAGACUAUUCCGAGCUUUUCAUGUAUUAUCUUACCCAUUUUCCUUAGUGUGGUUGUCAAAUAAACGUGUAAAGGUGACGAUGUAUUAAUUGUUUAACGUCUCUCCACGAGGCUAGAGAUAAACUAA